GGGCUGGAUGGGGGUGCUUUUCAUCUUGUUGUGUUUUCUGUUACUCGCAUCGCCAUCUUGUUGCAACCCCUCGCCUUGGCUGGAGCGGUUCUUACGAGGGGGGAUCCGGAUUGCGUUUGCCGUUGAGUGAAAUCCGAGGAGCCCGAGAGUAAAGAAAAAAGCGCAGAUCUGCAAGACUCCACUUGAAAGCAAGCCGACCCCGAAAGCAGGCGAGAGAUGAGCAUCGAGACGCUUUUAGAAGCAGCCAGGUUUCUGGAAUGGGAAGCACAGCAACAACAGAAAACACGUGAUGAGGGUGAGAAGCGCGAGAAGUUGCGGCUGGAUUGGGAGGAGCAAGAGGACCGGAAGCCCGUGGUGGUCGCACUUCCUGCGCAGACGCGGGUGAAUCAUGUGACCCGCGGCGAGGAGGCGUGUCCAGAGCAUCGGCCCACCCCAGUCCCGCCCCCUCCCCCGCCCCCUCCUGUCCAGGUGGCACUCAUUCCUGUGGUAACCAGCCCCACUGCCCUGGCCCUGUCCUCCGUCGUCACUCUCUCCUCCCCAGGGAUAGAGUCUCCACAGCGCCUCCCGCUGGGCCCCACGGUGAAGGUCGAGCCAGUCACGCCUCCCCACUCCUGCAGCCCCAAGCAGCAGCAGCAGCAGCAUCAGCUGGUACAGACCUACCAGAGUCCCAUCAUCACAGCCUCUCCGCACCACCUAAUCCAUCAGCCAGUCCCAACCCAGACGCAGGCUUCGCAUCAGCUGCAGUCCAACGCCGGGGGCAAACUGAGCAGCCUUGAGGAGGCCAGACACCUGGAGCAGAAGAGACGGCCUGGAGGGGCAGGGACAAGAGAAGUACACAACAAGCUUGAAAAAAACAGGCGAGCGCACUUGAAGGAAUGUUUCGAGACUCUGAAGAGGAACAUCCCAAACGUGGAUGACAAGAAGACGUCUAACCUCAGUGUGCUGCGGAGUGCCUUGAGAUAUAUCCAGACCCUGAAGAGGAAGGAGAAGGAGUACGAGCAUGAGAUGGAGCGGCUGGCCCGUGAGAAGAUCUCCACGCAGCAGCGACUGGCCGAGCUGAAGAACGAGCUGACCCAGUGGAUGGACGUGCUGGAGAUCGAGCGCGUGCUGCGCCAGACCGUGCAGCCUGAGGACGACCAGGUGUCCACCUCGACCGCCUCCGAGGGUGAAGACAACUUCGACCAGGACAUCGAUGAUGAGAGGCCGGCCCUGCCGCACAGCUCCCUGCCCAAAGCGCCUCCACGCCUGCAGCCUGAGCUCCUGAAGGCUCUCCCGCCGUCCUCCAUCCUGCCUCCGCACAUCUCCAUCCAGCAGCACAGGCCCCAGCAGCCCUCCGCCAUGGUGGCAGCUCCACUCCAGGCCCAGGCUUUGGUGGCCCAGAAGGCCAUGAUGCCCACCCACACCCACAUAGUCCAACCCACUGUCAUCGCCCACGCGGCCGCCACAGCCUCCCACGCCUCCGUCAUCCAAGCGGUGAACCACGUGAUCCAGGCUGGCUCGAAACACAUCGCCCACAUUGCCCCUUCCACGUCGAACUCUAUGCAGCUCACCACCGCGGCCCAGCCCAUCGGCCACAUCACGGUCCACCCUGCCACCCUGAACCACGUCACCCAUCUCAGCCACCACCUGCCCACCAUUUACCCCCAGCCCAUGGCAGUCCCCCAGCCCACAGUCAUGAGCCACAUUGCCCACACGCUCUCCCACGCCCAGGUGAAUGGCAAGGCCCCAAGCCAGCAAGCAGCCAGCAUGGUGGGCAAGCAGGCAGCAGUGGGGGCCCAGGUGGUAACCCACCACCCACAGCUGGUAGGCCAGACAGUCCUGAACCCAGUAACUAUGGUAACCAUGCCUUCCUUUCCUGUGAGCACACUCAAGCUGGCCUGAGAGACAAAAAAAAAAGAAAUAAAGAAAAGGUAUUUGGGUUCAUUGUAACUCUGGACAACUUUAAAAAUAAAUACAAACAAUCCUAAAAUAAAUAUAUAUAUUAGAAUUUAAAUAAAAAAACAAAAAACUAAUGAAACAAAAGAACUGUAAACUCAGUACAUUCCUGAUUUUAGACAAGAAACAUUAUCAUUUUUGUUGCUCAUGGAGGAUUGUGACAAAUGGGGUAAGAUCAUGCUUGAGGCCUGUAAUGUCUUUGAACCCCUUUAAUGAGAUGGGAUUCUUUGGGGGAGGGGAGGGGGGGGGGUGUCUGUGAAAUGCACUGUUCCGCUAUGAAUAAAAAAAAACAAAAAAAAAAACAAAACAAAAAAAAAAAAAACGGUUUCUUAAAAAUAAUAAUUAUAAUAAUAAUAAUAAUAAAAAAAAAACUGUUUUGUUCCGUGUUGUAGGCAAAUUGACGUAAGGGUGUGGUGCUUUUAACAUCAAUGUACAGCGAGCCAGCGGGGUCAGUAACUAAACUUUCUCCCCCAAUAUAAUUGCAAACGCUUUCAAACAAGUGCCUUUGGGCUAGAGAUGUGCAGAGAAUUGACUUUCCCUCUGAAGAGAAACACAAUAAAGCAGAAAAAAAUAAAUCCAGUCACAAUGAAGGUUAAAGAAUAUUUUUAGACACCCGAUCUUAAUUCUUUGCAAAUCUCUACUCUGAUGUCAAGUCACUGUGUCAACAAUCGGAGAUGGAAAUAAGACUCCCAUUGCAGAACGGUUUGAUCCGUUCCUGGUGUUACUAUGGGUUUAAUAAGACACACCAGAGCUUCUCACAGUGUACAGAGAACUAAUCAAGCUUGUAUUAAAACCUGGCAUAGGUGAACUGCUAUGCAAUAGGAGUCUUAUUACUAUCCUGGUCCAAUAAGCAUGAAAUACAAAUCCAGCUCCCAACGCAUAUCUGAUGGAUUUUUAUUACAACUUUAUAUAAUCAGUUUGGCCAAGUGGUCUACGAGGUAGGAGAGCCUCCACGGACCACGUAGCUGCUGUCUGUAACAAUUCUUGCAUUGGUCAUUGUUGUUGAGAAGUGAGUUCAGAAAUCACCUCUUUCUACAGGAUCUCUCGUUGAGGUUCAGGUCACUAUGAAUUAUUUUGCUAUAUUCCUCCGCAGCGUUUUGCAAUGGUCGUCUUUAUAACCGUGUAUGUGGUGUUCUGCAUUAAAUCCAGAUGUGAAGCCGGUGGGAGUCAGCCUUGAUCUGUGGGGGCUGCCAGGUGUUUGUUUCAACCAGUUGUCUUCUUUAACAGAGCCAGGAAACAGCUGUUUGACAUACUCAGAAAAAAACAGAAAUGGACACAUGCAAUCCCAGUCCAUAAGGGGGAUCAAAAUCUGUACUGUAACCCGAGGUACACACAACACCACCCUGGACUGCAGUGUCGGAGCAAGAAUUGUAAAAAGUCUGUUCUGUUACUAUCGUCUUGAGAGGCUGUGCUAGAGGACAGUCGUGCGGAUUUGGUUGAAACAAAAAACCUGGACUUUUUCAUUGUGACGUUUUGGUGGUCGUGAAUUGGCUUUGAGCCAGUAAUCUGCUCCUGUAGAACUUCUCCCCCGUCUUGGUUCUUGCACUCUGCUGCCCCCUGCUGCUCAGAAACGGUUAUUGCUGCAUCUCUCAGUUGUGAAACUGAAGCACUAUCGAGAGACAAUGGUGUGCUGUGCAUUACAGUGGGGUAAGAAUGAGGACAGAUGGAAGAGCAUGGAAUCUCAGAUUCUAUAUAUAUUACACACAGUAUAUAUUUUUUUAAACCAGCGCUUGGGCAUGCCAGAGCUUUGUGAAGAGCAGAGUUUGGUCAGUCUUAUCCUGUAUUUAUUGUAAAGGCUCAUUUUAUACUCUAUAUUCUGUGUAAAAUAUACUAGACAAAAGCAUAGUGGAAUUGCAAGUGCAGUCAACUUAGACAGAAGGAUUGACAGCAGUUCAACGCCAUGGACUCCUUUGAGUUUUGAUAACGUAUUGUUAGUCUUGGUAACUUCAGAUUGUGAUUUCACAGUAAUAGCACAUGAAUCACGGCAUUGCACAUUUUAUAUAUCUACCGGUGUGUAUAUAUAUAUAUAUAUUUAAUUUCAGGCCACCCAGAACUCCCAAUCCAUGCAAUUGUAGCAGUCCAGGGGAGCACACAGGUGAUAAUUUGCAUUUAUGCAUCCCACAAUGUGACACCUUUCCCUGUGUGGGGAAGCCACCCUCCACUGCAACAUUAGUGGUGCUGUUUGGAACAGUGGGGCAGUUUAAGAACACUGAUAGAAAGGGUUGUGAAGCAGUUUCUUUCAAUUUGCACAUCUUCAAAAGAGACUAUAUGAUGUGAAGCCUCUGCUGUAUGCUUAUACUUUGUGUGUGUAUAUUGUAUAUGUUGUAUACAUGGGGGAAGGACAUACAGAAUAAAUUCAUGUUUUAUUGUGAAAGGCUAGACUUGAGUUUAGUGAGUGUUGCAAGUGGGAUGUAAUAGUGUGCUUGUGCCAGGGAGAAAAAAAUAAAUAAAUAGAUUGUAAAAAAGCUGAUCUUCCUGCACAGAGCUUGUAUCCCGCUAGGCGACGUGUUUUAAAUUGAUACGAGUCCUAUUUCAUAAUUGAAGAUUGCACCACCAUUGACUGCCAGUGUGAAGGAGGCUCUACACACCUAUAGUAGAUUUGUUCCUGUGUCCCUUGUUGGUUGGGGGGGGGGGGGGGGGGCAGUCAAAUCCAGAUGAUACGCUACGCAAGCAAAGGAAGUGCGUUCUGCAUGAACCAAACGUGAGCCUCAACAUACAGGAGCUUCAGUUCCUGCUCCGCCUGUGAGAAUUCCCUGUGAAUGUAGAACAGGGAUCGUUUCUUUCACAUUUGUGUGGUUUUAUCAGCGUUUAAGUGGUGAUGUCUUGUUGCCUGGAGUGUGUAAUUGUAGACGGCAGCCCCUGUUUUAUUUUUACCCCCAUGAAGCCUCUUCUAUGGACUGUUUGAAGCUCCCGUAGUGCAUAGGUGUGGAUGAAGCCCUGCUCCGUGACAAGUGCAUGUCUGUUAGUUAGCUUGUAGCUUGUAGCCCCGCCUUUUAAACAAGAAAGGACUGAUCAGACCAGCUGCUGAGCGAAAUCACAAAAUGCUGCCUCGUUUUUACUGGAGACGACCUCUGCUCAGCCCCUCCUGUACAGCAAAGACAGGAUAGUAAAGGCAAGCGGCUUUGUAGCUACUGUUCAUACGAAAAGGAACGGUUCCCUAAACGAGCUGCGGCUCCAGCAAUAGCACUGUGCUUGCUGCUCACUAACCCCACCCUUGCAAAGCAGUGUGACAUCUGUGUGUAGCACUGACUGCAAAGUGCAAGGAGCUGAGUUCCUGUGUCUUGUGUGUGUGAUCGGGGGGGGGGAGGGGGUUAUUUAUGUGUUUUUCUAAUAUGCUUUUUUUUUUUUUUAAUUUUUGAUGUCAGAACUUUUUUCUAUAAAUGUUUUAGAUUUAAUUGCUGCCUUUUUCAGUUUGCAUGUAGAGAUUGCUGUUUAAAUGUUGAAUGCUUUGUUUUUUUUUCUGGGACCAUGUACAGUACUGUAUACCAUGGGGGUGACUUUACAGACCCCUUCCCUCAUUGAUUAUAUAGAUAUAUAUAUAUAGAGAGAGAGAGAUAUAUAUAUAAAUAAUUGUGUGUUUUCCCUAUGGAGAAAGUUUAAGUUAUAUAUCGCCUGUAAAUUUUGGGCUGCAUUUAGGUCUAAUUGUC